AUGUAUGUUGAGUGCCUGGAGCCCAUGGUGGUCCGCCAUAGGGAUCCCGUCGUCCUGAUCCACGGUGAUUUCCACCAUGGCGCGGUUUGGUUCACUAAGCCCGAUGGUAGCCCGGGCUGGGCUGCCUUUUUCCUCAAGAGAGGCUGUCGCGUGUAUGUCGUUGACUUGCCCGGCAGCGGCCAGUCCUACAUACCUAAUGAUUUCGAUCUUUGUUCCGACUUCAUGGAUGCUGAACAGAAGAUGAGUGAGAAGAGCAUUGAGACUCAACUCACUGCUCCCGAGAGGAACAUCGUUGGAGGCACUGCCGCAUGGCCAACUGCUGGUCUGCACAACAAAUGGCCCGGAACUGGCCAGCGUGGUGACCCGGCUUUUGACGAGUAUAUGAAAUCUCAACAAGUUCUCUUUCUGCAAAAAGCAGUCCGUCAAAAGCUUGCUCAAAAUGGCCUCUGCAGCCUUCUCAAGGCCAUCGAAAAAGCAAUCUUGAUCGGACAAGGAGCUGGAUGUACAGCGGCCUGGCUUGCCGCCGAUGCUAUGCCGGAAAUGGUUGCCAAAGUCGUUGCAAUCGAGCCGGCUGGACCACCUGUUGCCAAGGCUCACAUUAACCACCAUGGGGGCCGAAAGUACAGCUCGUGGUUGAGCAGAGACGAUAGCAUGCGAAAGUACGGGCUUGCGGAUGUCCCUUUGACCUUCAACCCGCCGGCAAAGGAGUCAUCUCAGGGCCCUGCUCUGGAUCUCGAAGUCCGUCAACACCCCAACAACUCGGGUUGCUAUAUGGCCCAGAAAUACGUGCCAGGCUGUGUGGUUCCCACAAAGGAUGUACCACUCAAGUAUGGACAAGAAUCCGUACCACAGCUAGUUCACCUUAAUCAGAUGAAUCACGCUGUUUUCACUGCCGAGGCGAGCUCUCAUAGGAUGUUCGACUGGGCUACCGUGAUGUUCAUGAGACAGGCUGGUGUCUCGGUGGAUCACUUCGAUCUGGCGCAGUUUGGAGUUACUGGGAACGGGCACUUGAUGUUCUUGGAGACGAACAGCGAUGAAAUUGCUGCUAUGGUGGCUGGUUGG